UUUUUCACUUACUUGUCACCGGUUUGUUGUUAUAUAUGGACUUUGACUUAUAAACGGUGAAAAUAAUGUUUAGAAGUGCUGUCAAAUCCGGUUUUAAUUCGGCAAUUAAAACCAAUUUUGUGCGUGCAAUGAGUGGAACAGCUUACAAAACCUUGGCACUGACCCAACCAAAACCAUUUGUUACACAAGUCGAAUUGAAUCGACCAGAGAAAUUCAAUGCAUUCAGUCACGCACUGUGGACCGAACUUAAAGACUGUUUCGAAGCAUUGAGCAUGAAUCCAGACUGUCGAGUGAUCGUUUUGAGUGGGUCGGGUAAAUAUUUUACAGCUGGUUUGGACUUAAAAGAAUCGAUGUCAUGGGCUCAACAACUGGCCGAAAUCGAAGACACAGCUCGAAAGGGCCAUUUUUUGGACAAGAAAAUCAAAACAUAUCAGGAUGCAAUUUCAUCGUUAGAGGUGUGUACAAAGCCGGUUAUCGCCGCUAUUCACUCAGCCUGUAUUGGUGCUGGCGCCAGUUUAGUUACGGCUGCCGAUAUUCGUUAUUGCACCGAAGAUGCUUGGUUUACAGUAAAAGAGAUCGACCUUGGCUUGGCUGCAGAUGUCGGUGCCUUACAACGUUUAGGUAAAGUUGUCGGUAAUCAAAGUUUAGUGCGAGAACUCUGUUUCACUGGACGAAAAUUCGAUAGCAAAGAAGCACUUUCAUUUGGUUUCGUGAGCCGGAUAUUUAGCAGUCGUGAUGAACUGAUCAAUGAAUCGAUUAAAUUGGCAGAGGAAAUAGCGAGUAAGAGUCCAGUUGCAGUGCAAGCGACAAAGAAGAAUUUGGUUUAUUCACUUGAGCACACAAAUCAAGAGGGGCUCGAUCAAAUUCGUGAAAUCAAUCGAUUGAAUUUGCAAGGUGAAGAUUUUAUAGCUGCAUGUAUGGCACAGGCAACGAAAGGAGAGAAACCAGUGUUUUCCAAGCUUUAACACAUGAAACUUGAUAUUCAUUUGGUGAUUUGGAUUUUUUUACUUAUAAAUUGUCUUCGAAGACUCAAAAAAUAAAAAUAUAUAUACCAAUAACAUAAA